AUGGUGAAGCAUUCUCCUGAUCGUUCCGCUAUCGUUCGUCUGUACAAAGCCGGCCGCCCACCCGCCACGAUCGCUAAGCACCUCGACAUAUACCGCAGCGUCGUGUAUCGCACAUUCCAACGUUAUGACACCUUGGUGGACUCCAAAACCGCCGCAGAAGUGGAAGACCUCGUACUGUUCUUACGCCGAAGAUCGUCGAGAUGUAUCCCUACCGUACCCAGAAGGCUGCUAUCCUCAGCGCAGCAGGCUCGAGUCAAGAAGUGCCGACAGCUUUUGCUUCGGACGGGCAACAAGGGCCAGCAUUCGAUCGUCUCUUCGGAUAAGAAGCUCUACACCGUCGAGCAGCAGUUCAUCGCUCAGAACGUCAGAGUGAUCGCAAGGAAUGCCAAGGAAGCCGACAAGAAGGGAAGAGUCGUUCACCGGGCCGCACAACCUGUCCAAUUCACUGUUUGGGCAGGGAUAUGUGCCUCGGGGAAGACGCCAUUGAUAUUCGUCGACCCCGACUUCAAAUUCGACAAAGAUUACUACCUGAAGACGAUUCUGGAAGGCGCUCUGCUCCCGUGA